UUUAUUUGUUGCUUUCGUAUCACUGUGUCAGUGGUUACUCACUGUCACUGAGCUACCCUCUCAGCUCGGCGAUGCUCUCUCUCCACCGUCUCCCCGGCGUCCCCACCGCCAAACAACCACUUUUUCCGUCCACCUCAACCUUCACCCACCCACCACGACGACCUACAUGCCUCUUCCCCCAAUCCAAAACCCUACCAAAACCCCCAAAAUUCCACAAAUCCCCCACCGCCCUCCUCCAGUGGAACCGCAAACCCCAGCUCUCCGGCGAAACCCCCCGCGUAGUCGUCGUCACCUCCGGAAAAGGCGGCGUCGGCAAGACCACAACCACCGCCAACAUCGGCCUCUCCCUCGCCAGACUCGACUUCUCCGUCGUCGCCAUCGACGCCGAUGUCGGCCUCCGCAACCUCGACCUCCUCUUAGGCCUCGAGAAUCGCGUGAACUACACCGCCCUCGAGGUUCUCAACGGCGAUUGCAGGCUCGACCAGGCUCUUGUCAGGGACAAGCGUUGGUCCAACUUUGAAUUGCUCUGCAUUUCAAAACCUAGGUCAAAAUUGCCCCUAGGGUUUGGAGGAAAAGCCCUAAUUUGGCUCGUCGAUGCUCUCAAAUCGCGCACAGAAGGUUGCCCUGACUUCAUCCUCAUUGAUUGCCCCGCCGGCAUCGACGCUGGAUUCAUCACCGCCAUAACGCCGGCGAACGAGGCAAUUCUGAUAACCACACCAGAUAUAACUGCCCUUAGAGAUGCUGAUAGGGUUACUGGUUUGCUUGAAUGUGAUGGAAUUAGGGACAUAAAGAUGAUUGUGAAUAGAGUUAGGACAGAUAUGAUUAAGGGUGAGGACAUGAUGUCUGUUCUUGAUGUACAAGAAAUGCUAGGGUUGCCACUGCUCGGAGCGAUUCCGGAGGAUUCGGAGGUUAUAAGGAGUACCAAUAGAGGGUACCCUUUGGUUCUGAAUAAGCCUCCAACAUUGGCAGGGUUGGCAUUUGAGCAAGCAGCUUGGAGGCUUGUGGAGCAAGAUACAAUGCAAGCUGUCAUGGUUGAGGAGGAGCCAAAGCGUGGCUUUUUCUCCUUCUUUGGUGGCUAACUAGAACACAAUGAAUCCAAGUUUGGAAUGUUUUUUCAAAUUUCAACUUUGCUUGUGAUUGGUUUUUUGGUUCUGUUUUCAAGUUAGUGUGAUUUUGUUUGCUUCUUAUUUUAGGAUGGAGUAUUGCAAAUUUGUUAUCAUGUGUAGGUGGUAGUGGGAGAGGAGCAAGGAGGAAGCUGUACAGUACAGUUUUGGGGGGUGUUGUUUAUGCCUUGGAACAUGGAACAAAAUCUCUCCUUGAUGAGUAAGUUUACACUUCACCAUGCAUGAUAAGUUCAUUUUUGUUUCUAAAUUCUAAUGCAGCAUGUAGUAGUGUGUCACUGAUAAAAAUCUGCUUAAUAUGAUGCGAAACUUGAUCCCUGCUAUGAUUUUAUAAUGUUAUGGAAGGUUUGUCCUUCUCAGCAAUUUAUCAAUCUCUGCGAUCCUAGAAUACUGCAUAUAUGAAUUAUGAAUCAUGAGGCACCUUUUUCUUCUAUAACAUAUUAAAUUAGAAUCAAAUUCUGUUUAUUGCCAAGGAACUCUUUUUUGUUUUUUGGGUGCAUACAACACACACACUCUACUCACACACACACACAUUAAAGUAUUAAACACACUAUUUUUCACCAACAAAGAUUCGAACUUAUGUGGCACUUUUAGGAGGCAAAUGUAUUUGCCAUUAGGAUAAUCCUCAGCCACAUUGCCAAGGAACUUGUAUUGUAAACAUAGCAGUUUUUAGCAGGUUUUAUUGUUUUUUGGGGUCAAGUUGAUUCGUCAUACGUAAAUGGAUAAUUUUGGGCCGAAGUUUAGUUAAUUAAUGGUACAUGACUAGAUGCCUAUAUGAUAUGUAGUAGUAUUAUUGUUUUGACUCCGGAGUCUUGCAUUUGUGCCAAAAAGUCCAUUGGCCCAGUUAACUGGUCAAGAUUCGAUGGUUUCUGUUGGGCUCAGCUUGGUGUUAUUGAACCUAAUCUAGUAAGCAUUUAUAAAACAAAACUUUAUUUGGAAUUGCAAGAAAUUAAAUGUUAUAAAGC